AUGGAGAGCAAGUUGAUUACCAUAUGGCUUGAUCUCAAUAUUUUUCAUUAUGCAAAUGAAUGGACGACGAGAAAUCGAUAUUUGACGAAAGCUUGGAAACUUUUUGAUAAUGCUGAUAAAUGUAUAGAUUAUAUAACAUCGAGACUCGAAGAUAAGUUUUAUUUAAUUAUAUCAGGCGUCUUCGUUGAUUAUCUUAUUCCUCUAAUUUACGAAUUGGAGCAAAUUAAAAAGAUCUAUGCCCAUGGAAGUAGUAUUCAUAUUCAAGACGUUGGCAAACUAUAUUUUUCGUAUAAUCACAACGAUCUAAUAACUAUUGAUGAGUUAAUCAAUAGCAGUCAAAACAAUUCAUUAUCUCUAUCAAUAUUUUCGAAUAACCAAGAAAAAUCAAUACGUAAUUUAACGACGAGUGGAAAUGCCUUAUUUAUUUGGUAUCAAUUAUUGAUUGAUGUACUAAUACGAAUACCAUCAUCAACUGAAAGUGCCAAAUCUGAUUUGAUAGCAAUCACUCGAAAGUGCUAUGAAGGAAACGAAAGUGAACAAGAAAAAAUCAACGAAUUUGAUACAUGUUACGAAUCGACCAAAGCUGUUUUCUGGUAUACACGAAAUUGUUUUCUUUUUCGUCUAUUGAAUCAAGCAUUUCGAACAGAAGAUAUUGAUAAUAUAUUUAAAUUUCGCUUUUUUAUUGUCGACCUCUAUCAACAGCUACUCACUUUAUAUACCGCACAACGUUUUCCAUCAAGUUUAACUGUCUAUCGUGGUCAAAGUCUAGGUUUAAUCGAAUUAGAAUAUUUGAAAGAAAAUAUUGGUCAGUUAAUAUCGAUGAAUACAUUUUUAUCGACAACCACUGAUAAAGAAGUGGCUUCCAUAUUUGCUGGUGAUGGUACAAAUAGGCCAGUAUAUGAGCGUUCUGUUCUAUUUGAAAUGACUAUUGAUACAACUCGCUGUCAUAAAUCCAAACCAUUUGCUGAUGUUAGCAAACAUAGUUAUAUGAAGGAUGAAAAUGAAAUUCUUCUAUCGAUGGGCACAAUAUUUCGAAUUGUCUCUGUUGAUAUUGAAAAUAAUGUAUGGAUUGUAAAACUCAUAUUUACGGAACAAGAAGAUAAACGAUUAAUUGAACUUAUUGAUUAUCAAAAAAUGAUCCUGAGAGAAAAAGAAACGGUGGUGGUCUUAGGAAGAAUUUUACAAGAUAUGGGAGAAAUGGAAAAAGCAAAACGUUAUUAUAAUCUUAUACUAGAAAGUUCGGUAGAGGAUAGUGUUGAAGUUUCAUCUAUUUACAAUAACCUCGGUGCAAUGGCCAAGGAUGAAUCAAAGUAUGAAGAAGCAUUAAAUGCUUAUGAAAAAUCAAUGAAUAUAAAUAAAAAAAUUUUAUCCGAAAUUCAUCCACAUACUGCCAUGUCGUAUAAUAAUAUUGCUGGUAUUUAUGCUCAUAUGGGUCAAACGAAAAAAGCGAUUGGUGAUGAUGAGAAAGCUUUGAUUUUCUAUGAGAAAUCACUCGAAAUAUGCAAUCAAUCAUUACCAGAAAAUCAUUCACAAACAGCAACAGUUCUUUCAAAAAUUGGUGGCUUAUAUUAUAAUAGGUCGAAUUGGUCAACAGCAAUAAAAUAUCUUGAAAAAGCAUUGGAAAUCAAUAAAAAAAUAUUGCCAAAAGGUCAUCCGGAUCUGAUUAUAGGCUACAGUAAUUUAGCAUCAAGUUAUUCUCAUCUAGGAAAGGAUGAUUUAGCCAUCGACAUGUUUGAAAAUGCAUUAAGUUCUACACCUAUGUCGGAAUCAAAAAGUUUUCAUGUUGCUCAUACGUAUAAUAAUUGUGGUGCAGUAUAUUUCAAUCAAGGAAACUACGAAAAAGCUUUAGAAAAAUUCACAAAGGCUUACGAAAUGGCAUUACAAUUAUCUUCCUUUGAACGAUCGUAUUUAUCAAUGUAUCACCACAAUUUAGAAGAAACAAAGCGAAAACUUCAGAAAGUCACAAUUAAACCAAGUUCUUCGGAAUGA